AAGCUCAAUCUAAUCAUCAAGCUAGCUAAGCAUGAAUUCUUGCUUCACCAUCUCCCUCUGUCUCUGCUUCUUCUGCUUCAUCAAAAUUUCGAGUACUGAAGCUGCACCCGAAUAUCUGUAUCAUGAUUGCCCAAACACCACCCUCUUCACUCCCAACUCCACCUACCAAUCCAAUCUCCACACCCUCCUCUCUUCUCUCUCGUCCGCCGCCACCAACAGUACCAAUGGCUUCGCUAAUGCCACCACUGGCCAAAACCCUCCCGACUGGGCCUAUGGGCUCUUCCUCUGCCGCGGUGACCUCGACGCCACCACGUGCAGCGAAUGCGUGGCCACUGGGAAACAGGAUAUCCUCCGAAGAUGCCCCAACCAGCAAGUCUCCGUAAUCUGGUACACUGAGUGCAUGUUGCGGUACUCGAGCAAGUCCAUCUUCUCGGUCAUGGAGCUAGAGCCGUCUGCCAUUUUGUACAACACUGGGAAAGUCACCGACUCAACCCGGUUCAUGCAUCUCCUAGGAGAAUCCCUGACCAACGCCACCGCUAGGGCUUCAGUUGGUGGGCCGGGGAAGAAGGUCGCGGUGGUGGAAGUGAACUUCACGAGCUUUCAGAAGCUGUAUGCCCUCGUGCAGUGCACGCCAGACUUGUCGGCGUCAGACUGUAGCACGUGCCUCCAGUUCGGAAUCGGUAACGUGGCUCCCGGGAAGCAAGGCGGGAGGGUCCUCACUCCGAGCUGCAAUGUGAGGUACGAGAUCUACCCCUUUUAUAACACCUCGGCCCUGCCGGCGCCGGCACCUCCACCUCCCGCUCCGGUGACGGGACCUAAAGGCAAAAGCAAUAAAUCUACUGUGAUAAUCGUCGCUGUCACCAUUGCUGUUGGCGUUGGCGUGGUGCUUCUCUUCCUCGCUUGGUGUUUCAGGCGAAGGAAAGCGACCAAGACAUAUGAAGGCGCCCAAGGAGAUCAAAGCGGCGUAAAUGCCAAGUCCUUGCAGUAUGAUUUAGCCACCAUACAAGCUGCCACAAACAAUUUCUCUCAUCAAAACAAGUUGGGUGGGGGUGGAUUCGGUGAAGUUUUCCAGGGUAGGCUUCCUAAUGGACAACGAAUAGCUGUGAAGAGACUAUCUCAAAGCUCAAGACAACAUGCCGAAGAAUUCAAGAGGGAAGUCAUACUGGUAGCAGAACUUCAACAUCGAAACCUCGUUCGGCUGCUUGGGUUCUGCUUGGAGGGUGAAGAAAAACUACUUGUCUAUGAGUUUGUGCCAAACAAAAAUCUCAACUACUUUUUAUUUGAUCCUCAAAAGAGCAGACAAUUGGAUUGGUCAAGACGCUACAAAAUAAUAUGUGGGAUUACUCGAGGAAUGCUCUAUUUACAUGAGGGCUCUCAACUUAGGAUCAUUCAUCGGGAUCUAAAAUCAAGCAAUAUCUUGUUGGAUAGUGAAAUGAACCCAAAGAUUUCAGAUUUCAGCAUGGCAAGGAUUUUUGGAGUUGAUCAAACACAUGCAAACACCAAUAAAAUUGUUGGGACUUGUGGUUACAUGUCACCUGAGUAUGCAAUGCAUGGGCAGUUCUCUGUGAAGUCUGAUGUCUAUAGUUUCGGUGUCCUACUUCUAGAGCUCAUUAGCGGUAAGAAGAAUAGCUUCUUCUACCAAUUAAACGGGGCUGAAGACCUUGCUAGCUAUGUUUGGAAGAAUUGGAGAGAUGGUACGCCAUUGGAAGUGUUAGAUCCGGCCAUUGGAGACUCAUAUCCAAGGAAUGAAGUUCUUAGAUGCCUCCAUAUUGGUUUACUUUGUGUUCAAGAAGGUCCAUUUGAUAGACCGUCAAUGGCAAACAUAGUCGUGAUGUUGAGCAACCACUCUUUUACUCUUGCACUGCCCCAACAACCAGCCUUCUUCCUCCGGAGCAGGACCAAGAGACCAAUAAAUGAGCUCGAAUCGGACCAAUCCACCAGUAGGUCUAUGGCCUUGUCGACCGAAGCGAUAUCAAUCACCGAAGUUUACCCCUUGUCGACAGUGAUGUGAGUGGAAGUCUUUCUUCAUAUAGUCUCACAGAGACCUUGAUCAAAUGAUCCUUGGCAUUCCACUGAGAUCAAUAAUGAACAAUGAUCAUACACCUAUGUCCAUUACAUCUAAAAGUACAAAGUGUCUUGUCUUUGAGGCUAAUCAUGAUCAUGUUUUGAUCCACUAGACAUGGAGGGUUGUUGAUAUUUAAUAUAAGUACAUGUGGUUUUAUCGGA